AAAUUGGGAAAAAGAAAAAUAAAUAAAAGGGUGAGUGAGUGGGAAAACACCAAAAGAGAAUGAGAGAGUUCGCCGAGUCUUGAAGCAUCAUCGUGCAUGCAUUUUUGAAUUUACCAAACUCUUAUCUCUUUCUUGUUUCUGUUACUUUUGCAUGCACAUAUGGUCUUCUCUUUCGUUUCAUCGCCGAUUCAGCUUUUAACGACGUCGUGGUUAUCCUGUUUGAUUUUCAAACGAAUUUAAUUGAAGCCGUGGGAAAAAAAAAGAAAAAAGAAACGGCUGAGAGCACGACAGUCAGAGGAAUCAAAUAUGGAGGUUGAGUGUGACGUGUGAAGUAACUCGUGGUGUCGUUUAACAGGUUGGUGAAAUUUUCAGAUUGAGCUGAAGAUAAAUUAUGGAGGCGAAAAGUUGCAUGAAUGAGGUGUGUGGAGCGGCCAAGUCCACUGAGUGGAGGAAAGGUUGGGCUCUGCGAUCUGGCGAAUUCGCUGUUCUAUGUGAUAAGUGCGGGUCCGCAUUUGAGCAGUCAAUGUUUUGUGAUGUGUUUCACUCGAAGGAGUCAGGUUGGAGAGAGUGCACUCCAUGUGGCAAGCGUCUCCAUUGUGGAUGCAUUGCUUCCAAGUCUUUAAUUGAACUUCUUGAUAGCGGGGGUGUCAGCUGUUUAAACUGCGCAAAAAAAUCAGGACUUGAUUCUUUGGCUUGUGAUGAAAAGCCCAAUGGAUUUGGCACCCUGAAGGCCGAUAAUGCUGGUGAUUUGCAAUCAAUGUCUGUGGACAACCACGUGGGUGGUAGCGUUGAAAAAAUGAAGCUUAUGCAGUUGGGCAGUACUUCAAAUGGUGUGGGGCUUAGACACUUGCUUCAAUUUCAAAGCGAUGACCCAGAUGAGUCUUUUGGUAAAAUGAAACUGGAGGAAUCUGCCAAGCCAGACAUUUCAAAGGCAAAUAUGGGGGCAAAGGAUAUUUAUGAAUCUCUAGCACAGACAAACUUAAGCAUCACCCUUGGUUCUUCUGGAGGAAACUUGAACCCUUUUCCUGGUGUUGUUGACGAGAAGGAACAUAAUAAGUCAUCUUCUGUAAUUCAACAAGGAACUAGGGCUCGUCAUCUUUUGCCUAAGCCUCCAAAGUUAGCCCUUUCCACAGGUUCAGAGGCAAAUGUUGGUAUAUCCCAAAUUCGUGUUGCUAGGCCACCUGCUGAAGGACGAGGCAGGAGUCAGUUGCUUCCUCGUUAUUGGCCCAGGAUUACAGACCAAGAAUUGCAGCAAAUAUCUGGAGAGUAUCCUUUUUUCUACAGUUAUCAGUUGAAAAUAAAUCUAUGA